AGCUGCCGUUGAAGAAGAAGAAGAAGAAGAAAUACGUCACGUGGGUCGUGUUCCUUCGUGCACACCCCUCCCCUCCCUCAACAGCUCCAUUUUGUUUGAUUCUGGAGUUUGCGGUCUCUGUCGACAGUCAGCAAGGAAAUACCGCUAGGACCACCUAAAGAUAACGUUACCAACAACCUCAACAUGAGUGGAUGUCGUAUUUUCAUCGGGCGUCUGAGCCCGUCUGCCAGAGAGAAGGAUGUAGAGAGGUUCUUCAAAGGAUACGGCCGCAUCCGAGAUAUUGACCUCAAGAGAGGCUUUGGGUUUGUGGAGUUUGAUGACCCCAGAGAUGCUGAAGAUGCUGUUUAUGAGCUUGAUGGCAAAGAGUUGUGCAGUGAAAGGGUGACCAUUGAGCACGCCCGUGUACGUCUGCGAGGCGGCCGUGGCAGAGGAGGCAGCGCUGGAGGAGGAGGAGGGGGACGUUUCUCUGAUCGCUACGGCCGAGGAUCCCAGAACAGUCGGAGUCGAAACCCUCCUCCAAUGCGCACUGAGAACCGCCUAAUUGUGGAGAACUUGUCCUCUCGUGUCAGCUGGCAGGACCUGAAAGAUUUCAUGAGACAAGCUGGAGAGGUGACAUUUGCAGACGCACAUCGCCCCAAGCUCAACGAAGGGGUUGUUGAGUUUGCCUCUUACAGCGAUCUGAAAAACGCCCUUGAGAAACUGUCUGGAAAGGAAAUCAAUGGCAGGAAAAUCAAGCUCAUUGAGGCAGCCAAGAAGAGGUCGAGAAGUCGUUCCCGGUCUGAGAGCUCCUCUCGCUCACGGUCCCGUUCUCGUGGUCGCUCUCCAUCUCGCUCCCCUAGACGGUCCCGCACCCCCACCAAGGCCCAUAACCGUUCCCGCUCCCCCAGUGGCUCCCCUAUCGGCGGUGCCUCCUCUCCAACCCCCAAAUCAAAGGAGCCCGCUAAACGUUCCUCUAAGACGAGCAAGUCUGCCACCCCGCCCUCCCCUUUGCCUGCUCAGAGAGCCUCCAACUCCCGUUCCCGCUCUCGUUCACGCUCCCGCUCUCGUUCUCGUUCCCGUUCUACUGACAGCCAGCGCUAAAAGCUGUUUAAGUUAAACAGGAAUCAACAGUAGGAACAACUCGUUUCAGCAGUAUAAUCAGCUUGGAGGAGUUAGCACAUUGGAGCUCCCAUGACCCCUUCUGAAAGCAGAGACAAGAGUUUUCCUCAAGUAAAGUUUUGUUUUUUCUCAUCUGGAUUGUUGUCAUAACUAUCCAAAAGUUUUUCCCAUUUAAAACACUGAUACAUUUUCAGACAGGAACAAUGAUAUUGAGUCACAUAUUGUCACAAUAGGGUAUUUUAAAAUUAAAUAACUUAAACAGAAGACCGUUGUUAGGCAGUGAUGCUGUUUGUGUUGACACAAUUACUCAUCAAGUUUGGACCCAUAUGUUUUACACCCAGUGACUCCUCACCUCCGAAUUUAUUCAUCCAACUAUGCUGCAGGUCCAGUAUUGGUCCAGCACCAUUGUUUCUUCUAAAAAAAUCACCAAAAUGCCGAAGCGAACCAGCGUCAGGUUUUACUGUUAUUGGGCCUGUAAAGUUGGUAAUCUCUACACAUUGAAAAACUUCAAAUAGGGAAUCUGUAUUUUUCAGCAGUACUAGGAUGCUUUUGAUGUCGUGUGACCACUUCCUUUACUUUUUUGCGAUACUUUUGCUUGUUGCUUGUCAGUGGGAGAAUCAUUUUUUUUUACAUUAUUGUCCUUAACACUUGUGUUUUCCAAGUCCUUUCACCUCUUUUCUCGUAUUUUCGGACCUACUGUACCUACCACCGCUGGUGUAUGUGAUAUCUAUUACUUAGACUGCUUGCAUGUGCUUUUGUUUGAUCGAAAUUAAGAUUCUUAUUAGUAUUAAAUAUUUUAUUUGUGCUUAAAGCUCAAAUACAAACCACCAUCAUAACUGGCAUUGGCAGCGUCACUGUCAAGAACACUGUACAGUUAUGCACAUUGUUCCAGCAGUUGAACAGCUGUACAGUAAAUUAAUUGUUUAUUUCAUGGCUCUUGCAUUUAUUUUCUUGCCGUUGACUGUUAAACCUUGAUUUUGUUGGGAGAUGUAAUACUCUUUUAAGGAAGGUCAACACUUUAAAAUGGUGUUGCUUACAGAAUGCAGUUUAUUCUAGCAUUGUAAUGUUCUGUUUUUUUUUGGUAGAGGGUUUUGUGUACAGCAUUGCAGACUUUUGUUUUACACAAGUGUGUAAUGUAAUUCCAAGAAUACGUGUUGAUACUGUGACUGAUGUUACUGUGGUUCAAAUGAACGUGUAGACAAGAGUUUGGAAAAUGCAAAGUUUUUGUACAUAAGGAUUUUAUUUUCAGUGAAAAAAUAUGGACGUUUGUAUGGUGUAGGAAGACAAUGGACUUAAACAAUAAAACAAUUUUAAUUAAAUCAUGAA